GCCGAAAGAAGCAGAAAGAAGAAAUGGCGAAAAGCAGGGUGGUGCUACUAAGAAGACUAAUAAUAAGAAGAAGAUCAGCAGAAUGGUGGUAUCCUCAUAAUCAUCAUGAUGCUUCAAUUCGACCAUCAAAUCUCUUUUACUCAAGAUCUCUCACAACUUCCUUCUCAUCCAUUCUCUUUCAAACCAAAAUCAAUCCCGGAGGAAGAGCAAUACCACCACCACCUGCUUCUUCUUCUUCUUCUUCUUUGUUAUGGCGACUGGGGCAGCUCCGCCAUGCCAGAUUCACCGGCGCCGACGUGAGACCAGGGAAUGUCAUUGAAAGAAAAGGAAAAAUCUAUCAGGUCAUAAAGGCACAACAUACAACUCAGGGAAGAGGAGGAGCUAUAAUACAGGUGGAGCUCCGAGAUGUUGAUAGUGGAAAUAAAGUAAAUGAAAGGCUGCGUACAGAUGAGGCAAUUGAAAGAGUUUAUGUUCAAGAAAAAUCUUUCAACUACCUUUAUACUGAUGAUGAUGUUAUUGUUCUUGUGGAGCCUGAUACAUACACACAAAUUAACGUACCAAAGGAACUGUUUGGUGAUUCUCUUCCAUUUCUCCAAGAGGACAUGACGGUUAAGCUGCAAAUGUAUGACAACCAACCAAUGUCUGCAUCGAUUCCAACAAAAGUUACUUGCACUGUUGCUGAGGCUCAAGUUCCUGUAAAGGGAUCUUCUGUUACUCCUCAGUAUAAGAAGGUUAAGUUGGAAAAUGGUCUCACUGUCCAGGUACCAGGUCAUGUAUUAGCUGGAGAGAAGAUAAUUAUCAACACUUCGGAUCUCUCUUACGUGAGCAGAGCUUGACACAGAAAUUUUACAAUGGUUGAUUAAUGCUGUUUGGAUAUUUCAUGAAAGGCUACAUAAGAAGCUUGGGCGUUUUCAAUCAUAGAAUUCUGGAAGUAGUAGAAUUUUAGUUCGUUUAUUUUCACAGAUCUUGACACAGAAAUUUUACAAUGGUUGGUUAAUGCUGUUUGGAUCUUUCCUGGAAGGCUCGAUAUGAAGUUUGGGCGUUCUCAGUCAUAGAAUUCCAGAAGCAGUAGAAUUUUAGUUAGUUAGAUUGGUGUUUCACUUUUAGUUAGCAAAGGUUUCACUUUCCCUGUGGUUGGACUGUUUACAUAAGUAAGUAUUCCGGACUGAAUUUUCUCAUUCAGUGAUACAAAUUUCAAGAAUACAUUUUACUAAAGCAGAAAUCCUUCCUCUUCCGAAUUGAUGAACAAAGAGUGCAGCAAAAUUUACAAGUAGAUUCACCGGACGCGAUGCAUAACCUAGUUGAAGAAAAGCCUGAAAAGAUACUGUUUUCAGAAUCAGAACGGCCAAAAAUGUGAUUCAUCACCAGGUAAAAGGGUGCUUCUUGCCUUCGCCAAUCUUGUUUCCCGAUGGUUAAAACCCCUUUGACUCUUCAAACUCCCGGAUAGUUUCGAAAUUCCAUCUUACCGGCUGCCAGAAAAAUUCAUAAACCAACCCCUAAUCAACGUUAUAAGAAUUCAAAUCCAUCGAUUUAACAUUACAAGAGAUUUCAAUGGAAGAUUUCAACUAGUCAAAAGACAAAGUUUGAGUUGAAGGGAGAAAAGGGGGUGAUACCACAACACCAGGGUUCUGUAAAACAAAGUUUUGAAGCAUUUCGGAAUAGAACUUGAAUCCUCCUCCGGGCCGAAGAAUUUGUGAGACAAUAUAUAAAAAGCCUAGGUAUGGAAACCUUUUACAACCGUUCUUCGGUAUGGCAUCCCUAACACUUGCAAGGUGUGUAAAUGAGGAACUACAAGCCACACCAAAGAAUGCCGAAACCAUUGCAGUACCUGCAGCGACCAAACAAAAGUAAACUAGAGGUGAAAGGUAUGUCUGAUAGUCCUCAGAGUCAUUAGCCCUACGUUGGCAGGGCAGAUUUUUCUCUCUUUUCUUUUUCAAAAAAACUUUUGUCUUCUUUCUUCCUAUAUGACUUUUUCUCAAGGAGAAAGAUGCAUUUGAUGUCCCUUGUCUUUGAAAUCAUAUCACUUUUGAUUUCACAAGUUAAUUAAAGCACAAUAUUCUCAGUCAAAUACUAAUGCCAUUCCAGAUGAUGAAUUUACUUGUAGAUAACUCUUUGAAGAUUCAGUUUAACUAUUUUAAUAUAUUUGGAUGUUUGAUUAAUAAAAUGAACAUUAGUUGGACAAAAAGUGAUGAGAUUUCCAAGAUGAAAGGACCAAAAGUUACCAGCUUGAUUAUGAGAUAUGAAAAGUGCUUACUUGUUCAAUGUAGAAAAACAAUAUACAUCAGCAGAGGAAGAAUGAGUUUACCUAGCUGCGCAUCAUUGUUGUGCAAUCCAACUGAUUCCCUGAAAUAACUAAAACUUCGAUUAUAUGAUGUAAGUAAAC